AUGGACUACACCCUGCAGAUGAGCCAGCAAAAGGAGAAGCUUCUGAAAACCAUCUACAGCCUUCAGCUGAAGUCCAUCGCCACUCUCCAGACAGCCAGCCCGCUGCUGAGCAGCCGGCGUGGAAUGGGCAUGGUGACACAGCACCAAGUCCACCAGCUGGCAGAUAAGGCCAAGAGCCUGUGUGGAGAUCUGGACAACAUCAAGAACCUCCUCCACUAUUGCCAGGACAACCUGGUGCGGGAGAUCCCCAACCCCGGGGGCAGCCGCUACGGGGGGGUGAGCGGGAUCCACCGCUCCCCGGACGGCUCCACCUACGUGACAGCCGAGGGUGCUCCCUGGGUCCACGUCCUGGGCAGCACGGGCCGAACCCUGCGCUCCCUGCCCUGCCAGGACCCCGGGAAGGGAGGAGGCACCUUCCUGCCCGAAGACGUGACGGUGACCCGGGCAGGAAUGGUGGCCGUGGCCGACAUGACGAAUGGAGCCGUCUGGGUCUUCAACCCCCACACCGGCCUCUCUAAGGGGGACUGGGUAAAGAUCAGAAAGGUCGGUUCCCCCAGGGGUAUCGCAGUGGACUCCGUGGGCAAGAUCUUGGUAGCAGACUAUGCAGAAGGCCAAGUGCACAGCUUUGCCCUGGACCACGCCUUCAAGGUGCUCCACGCCCACUCCGUGCCCGACCUGCAGGGACCUCGCUACGUCAGCCCAGCGCCCAGCGGGGGCUUCGUGGUGAGCGAGGAGUGUGGAGACGUCAAGGUCUUCACGAGCAGCCGGAGGCUCCUCUGCUCCCUCAGCAGCAAAUACGGACACCGCUUUGGCAACCCCGCUGGGGUCUGCGUUGACGUGGAUGGCAGCGUGCUGGUGGCAGACGAGCAGCUCCGUACAGUCCACUUGUUCCCAGAGCACGGGGCUCCUGUCUGCCUGGUGUCCGCGGGGCUGCGGAGGCCUGCUGGCAUGGCUUGCUCUCCCUUCGGGCACCUCUUCGUGGCAGACGCAGGGGAGAACUGUGUCAAAGUCUUUAAGUACUGUGUGAGGCCCCCUUACCACCUUCCCAACCCUGGGGCACCGUGUGGUGACCCCAGCCUGGUUCCACUGCAACCCCGUUGA